CUAACGGAGGAGGGAAGUGAGUUCCACAGGAAUGGUGCAGCCCUCGAGAAGACUUGAAGGCGAGCAUCAGAGGUGGGAGUACGGACACAAGACAGACGUAAGUCUUCAGCAGAGCGUAAGGGCCUAGACGGGACAUACUUGUGUAUUAGGGAGGAUAGAUAGGUGGGAGCAGCAUCAUGUAGAGAUUUGAAAGCAAGAACCAGAAUUUUAAAUUGAGCCCUAUAUCUUACAGGAAGUCAAUGUAGGGACUGACAGAUGGGUGAGGCGUGGGAGGUGCGGGCGGACAGGAAGAUGAGCCUCGCCGCCGCAUUCAUUAUGGACUGUAACGGUGCAAGUUGGGAACACGUAAGACCACUGAGAAGCGGAUUACAGUAGUCAAGGCGAGAAAGGUCAGUGGAAUGGACCAGCACCUAAUUUGCAUCUGGCGUUAAGUAGGGUCGGAUGCGCGCAAUGUUUUUGAGAUGGAAGCGGCAGGAUUUGGUGAUAGACUGAACAUGAGGCAUGAAGGAGAGGUCGGAGUCAAAGAGAACACCUAGGCAGCGAGCCUGCGUGGUGGAGCUGAUGGUAGCACCAUUGACUUGGAGACAGACAGACACAAGAGUAGCAACAUUUGAGGAAGGAAAGGCCAGAAUUUCAGUUAUGGUCAAGUUGAGUUUAAGGAAGUGGGCAGCCAUCCAGUUAGAAAUAGCAGAGAGGCAGUCAGAGACACUAGGGAUGGGGAGAGAUCAGGAGAGGGCAGAUAGAUUUGCGUGUCAUCUGCAUAGAAAUGAUAUUGAAAGCCAAAGGUGCUGAGUUUACCAAGGAAGGUAGAUAGAGAACAGUAGAGGACCCAGGACUGAACCUUGGGGACACCAAUAGAGAGGAGUUGAGGAGAAGAAGCAGAGCCAGAGAAAGAAACACUGAAAGAUCGCUGGGAGAGGUAGGAGGAGCACCAGGAGAGAGCAAUAUCGUGUAGACCGAUACUGCGGAGGAUGAGAAGAAGCUGUUGAUAAUCAGCAGUGUCAAAAGCCACAGAAAGGUCAAGGAGAAUUAGGAUAGAGUAGUGACCACGAGAUUUUGCAGCGAGGUUGCAGAGCUAGGACAGGUGAGGUUUGAGAUAGAUAAAAGGAGAGUUUGGAGAUUAGUGGAGAAAUGCUCUAGGUCAAGACAUUGGAGGUUUCUGUGAGAUUGAUGUUCAGACGGUGGUGUCAAUUGGGUCUUAUGUAUGCCGAUGUCAAAAGUCAGCAGAUGGUGGUCAGGGGAAAAGGAAUAUUGGAGAGAUUAGAGGCGGUACAGAGAUUGGUGAAGGCGAGAUCAAGAGUGUUUCCCGCUGUAUGGGUUGCUAAAUUGAGGGGAGAGAAGGAUGCCUACACCACCUCCUUUACAGUUGGACGUGUGAGAGAAUUGUAGCCCACCAAAACAUAAAGAGGCAGGGGUAGCGCUAUCAGAGGGGGACAGCCAGGUCUCUGUAAGUGCAAGUAGUGUGAGUGAGUUUGAGAUGAAAAAGUCGUGUAUGGCUGAUAUUAAAUUACUGCAGACGGAGCGGGCGUUCCAGAGUGCACACUGAAUGUUGGUAAGUGAGGGUAAAGGGCAGGGUAUUGUGAUGAGGUUUGUGGGGUUUAUGGUUUUCUUAGUGUGUGUAGAGAAGGUGAAGGGCCUUGGAUUGGGGGAGACAUCACCAGCUGCUAGAAGCAGAAGGUGAGAAAGUGACAGGUGGUGUGAAUGGGUUUUGUAUGCAUGGGGUCUAGGAUGAGAUUGAUUGUGGUAGGAGUGAGAGAAUAGCAAAAUGAGUGCAAGGCAUGAGAUGAGAGAAGUGGGGAGUGUAGCAGAGAGGGGCAUAUGUAAAUGUGGAUGGAGGGAUGAGUGAAGUGGGUAUAAGGAGAGAUUUUUAUACUGAGGGAGAAGGAGGAAAUAAAGAGGAGGAGAAGACAGAUCAUUGCUAAACUGGGAAAAAGUAAAUUGGAAAUAAUUGGAAUAUCAAGAGCAGGUGAAGGUAGGCUAAAUAUUACGUUUUACGGGUUAAGAAAGUGCAGGAGUGUACUAAUAAGAGGGAGUGUGUACACCUGAUAUUUGUAGUUAUUUAAAAUUUGGGUGUGACAGACAAUCUAUAAAUGUAAUAAUGAGCAUGGGGAGGGAGGGGCGGGUAUCAGACUUUCUUACAGCAGUAUUGGGGCUUAAUAGUUUUGAAAUCAAGCUAUAAUGAAAAUAAAAAUGAGCAAUCAUAAAUCAGAAUCGGCGAAGAAUGAAAAAUGCAAAUGAAGAAUGAAAUAAUAAGAAAAAUAAGAAAAAUAAUCAUAAUCAAAAUAAAUACCAAAUUAUGGGGUUGGGUUAUUCUAAGUGCUUGUAAAAAGCAUACGUAGGGAGAGAAAUAUUUUUUGAAAAUAAAUAUAAAAAUACAGUCAAGGAAAGUGGCAUUGAUUUACUCAAUGGAUAGUCUGAAGCCAGACAGUACCACCCUGAUAUAAUCUGGGUAGAAGCACUAAAAGGAAACAUAAGAAAAAACUUUCUUAGUGUCGGAUUACAACUAUUGCACAAAGUGUUUGUCUUCAUUUAAAGGAGCACUACAUGGUCAGGAACACAAAUAUGUAUUCCUGACCCUAUAGGGUUAAAACCACUAUCUAACCAACCUAGUCCCCUCAUGCCUCCCUAAAUAUAGUAAAAUCUUACUUGUAUUCAAGUCUGCAGCUGCUUGCUUUGUCACGGUUUCCUUUUAACCUGCCCACUGCCAGCUGACAUCAUCAUAAAUAGUAGCCUGAUCCAAUCACAAUGCUUCCCCAUAGGAUUGGCCUAGACUGACAAAGAGGCAGAUCAGGGGCAGAGCCAGCAUGAUUCAAACACAGCCCUGGCCAAUCAGCAUCUCCUCAUAGAGAUGAAUUGAAUCAAUGCAUCUCUGUGAGGAAAGUUCAGUGUCUGCAUGCAGAGGGCGGAGACACUGAAUGUUUGGAUGCAUUUUAGGCAGCCAUGACCCAGGAAUGAUCUCUAACCGCUAUCGGAGGAGUGGCCAGUGAAGUUAUCACUGAGCUGUAAUGUAAACACUGCAUUUUCUCUGAAAAGACAGUGUUUACAGCAAAAAGCCUGAAGGUAAUGAUCCUACUCACCAAAACAAAUUCAAUAAGCUGUAGUUGUUCUGGUGACUAUAGUGUCCCUUUAACCUUCUAAGUGAGAGGGUAUCAAGAAGAGAUACCCAUUUAGUCUCUCUCUGUUUCAACGGGCAUUCCCUGUCUCUACGCCUUCUCAUGAUGAUAACAAAGUCUAUAACCUGGAAUCUUACUUCACACUAUGACCAAAUAGUCUGAAAUGUUUAGUAAGUGAGGAUUUGCCUGUGUCCUUUUCUAGGGUUAAUCUGAUGUUCCUAUGCUCCCUGAGUCUUUCCUUCACAGCAUGAAUAGUCUCUCCAACUUAGAGUAGGACAUAAGGGCACUUAAUCAGAUAUACCACACAACUUGAAUUGCACAUAUAAAAAUCCUUAAUGGCAUAUGUACGUCCCCUGUUCGGGGAUGUGUAAAAAAAAAAAAAUACAUCUCCCUUUAUGAUACUAUUACAUUGAGCACAGUUAAGAUGUGGAAAGGACCCAUCCAUGGUUGGUCCUCAAAAUCUGUUUCUUUUUGAGGGAGCUUAUAAUUGCCUUGACCAGGGAAUACCUGAGAUUAGGACUCCUUUUAUAUUAAAGUAAUAAUGGUUGUUGAAAAAUGGGAGGCAGAGGGAUCACUAGCAAGGAUUUCACAAUGUCUGGAUUUAAUGGAAUUUAUAUCCCUGCUAACAGAGGUAUAACUAGAAAUAUAUGUGAUCCUAUCCAGGGAUGUAUCUUUAUGGUCACUUGUUGGACAGAGGACGUCCCUCCUGUUAUUAGUAGUUGUUUUCUGCAUGUGUUUGAAGGGAAGCAUUGUGGUAUCCCUCUGUCUAAAUUCCUCCACCAUCAAAAUAAUCCUAGAGGCUGGUUUGUAAAUAAUGGUAAUUUAUCUAUCAUAUAUUUCUCCAUUAGUCAUCCUGGAGAGAAUGAUAGAAAUCUGUGCAACAGAUGGUAAUUAUCAUCUAAUGUCCUCUUUGCUACUAAUCUUUGAACUUAUUUGUUUCAAUGGUGUACUUUGAACAGUUAUUUUUUUCCACUAUGUUGCUUUUAUGUCUUUCGUUUAUGACAUGGAAAUUUAGUUGUUUUAGCAUUAUAUUAUUGCUCAAUUAAGCUUUUAAUGCCUUUUAACUGAUGCUUUAGCUAACGAUUUAACAAAUUACAUCAUAAUCCAGUUCAGACAAGUCAAAGUCAGGGCAAACAUUUAAAUGGUUACUCCAACCCUCCGUUUGCAAUUAAACUUGCAAAAUAGUUUUACUUACCUGGAAUCCUGCACCGGGCAAAGCUCCCGGCGCAUAUCUCCGCGCCCACUCUAUUUACUAUUUGCCUAUAGUGUCACUUUAAGACUUCUCUGUAUAUACUCUAUAUACUCUUGUAUAUACCCUUGCAAUUUAUUAGUGUGGUAUUUUAAAUCCCGUUUUAGAUAUAUUUUCUAUGUAUUAAUUUGCCUUUGACCAUAAACAUAGUUUUAUAUAAUUUGUGGUUGAGGAAUUUUAGACAACCCUGUCAGCCUUUUUUUUUUUUAAUAUAUAUUUCUAGGCCUGGGAUUGUUGCCAUUAAUACAAAGCUUUGUAAUAUAGCUAAUCAGUCAAAAAGUAAGGUAUACGCUAGAGCAGAGUUUCCCAAUUGGUGUUCUGCGGAACCUUAGCGCUGCGAUUUGCCCGUCGGGUGGCCCAAGCAUUUUGGGCCACCCAAUGGGUAUCGCUAAACAGGGGUCCAGUCAGGCGCCGCAGCCGUCUGAGACCGCGACCGGACCCCUGUUGUAUGGGACGCUGGGAGAAAGUAACAGCACUUCCUCCCAGACAGAACACACCUGUUAGAGCACCAGCUGGAGGGAGAACAUGCGCACUUGGCACACCAACCUCAGCCUGCAGCAUUGAUGGAACAAAAAGGGUAAGUUAACAACAAAAUUAAACAUAUGUGUCUGUGUGUGUACCUGCCAAUCUGUGUGUAUGUGCCAGUUUGUGUUUCUGUGUGUCAAAGUGUGUGUCUAUGUGUCAGUGUGUGUAUCUGUGUCUGUGUGUCAAGGUAUGUGUAUCUGUCAGUAUGUGUAUCUGUGUACCACUAUGUGUCAGUGUGUGUGUAUCUCUGUGUCAGAUAAAUACACACUGACACACAGAUACACACACUGGCACAUACAAACACAGAUACACUCUGUGUCAAGGUGUGUGUGUGUAUGAUAUAUAUAUACACACCGGCACAUACAAACAGAUACACACACCUUGACACACAGAUAUAUAUAUAUAUAUAUAUACACACACACACACACACAGAUACACACACUAGAAAAAAAAGGUUUAUGCAACAAUGCAAAUUGUUGUUUUUUUGUUGUUUUUGUUUUUUAGGGGGGUGGGUUCCACGAUGUUCAUACACUUUGUCAAAUUAAUUGGUAACCCCUGCGCUAGAGGCUUACAUCUUCAGGCAACUUAGGUAGAACUGGGAGAUGAGCAUACAUUGAAAGAAGCAUUUUAACCAUAGUAUUCAUAAUAAGAAGCAAAAGAAUAGUACAUUAAGAGGGGUGAAGAAGCCUGUCCGUGUUUUUUUUUUUUUUACAACUGUCCUAGUCUCUUACAAAUUCUCAGUGCUACAUUUUACACCCUUUGUGGGAUAAAGCAGCUGCAUGAUGGUUUGAAACUUUUCAGGAGCUGAUGCAUAUCUCUUUGUUUUUUCCUAUUGGUUUUCCUAUUCUCAUGCUCCCUUUUUCUUAAAGGGACACUGUAGUCACUAUAACCACUUCAUCUCUUUGAAUUGGUUAUAGCGCCUGGAGUGCCCUGGCACUGUCCCUCCAUUCAGUGUUGCACCAUGUUUGUGCAGUAUGCCACAAAAUAAGAGUCCCUGUCCACCCACAGUCCGGCCCCUUCUGUAUGUGUAGCUAAGGCAGAGAUUACACACUUCCUUGUUGUCAUACCCAUUCAUACCGUCAGCAGUCAGCUGACACUCUCAGCCAAUCACAGCUGCCUAUUGCUGCUCAGGGUAAUACUUCUUUAUUAGCCAAAGCAACACAGAGGGGAUGGACUGCUGGGGUUUCUUGUUUAGCAUUAAAACAUUACAACAUUAAAAACAGGGGACUCCAGACACUAGAACAAGUUUAAUGAGAUGAAGCAGAUACAGUGCCUACGGUGUCCCUUUAAGCCCUUAGUGAUCAGACCGUUUUUACAUUUUCUUACCGUUUAGGACCAGAGCGCUUUUUACAUUUCUGCGGUGUUUGUGUUUAACUGUAUUUUUUUAUCUUACUCAUUUACUGUACCCACACAUAUUAUAUACUGUUUUUUUCACCAUUAAAUGGUCUUUCUAAAGAUAUCAUUAUUUUCAUCAUACCAUAUAAUUUAUUAUAAAAUAUAAUGAAAAAUACACCUUUUCUAAUUCUUACCCCCAAAAUGAGUUGCGCAUCUACAACCGCCAAAAAACCCCUAGUGCUAAAUAGUUUCUAAAUUUUGCAGUAAACACUGUCCUAUCAAAGAAAAUGCAGUGUUUACACUGCAGCCUAAGAACACCUGCAAUGGCCACUCAGACGGCUACUAGAGGUGCUUCCUGGGGCAGCGAUGCAGACAUCGAGUGUCUCCACCCUCUGUGAAGUGAACUUUCCUCAUCCAGAUGCAUUGAUUCAAUGCAUCUCUAUGAGGAAAUGCUGAUUGGUCAGGGCAAGGUUUGGCCCCACCCCAGCCAGCCUCCUUGAUGAUCUCAACCAAUCAAAUGUUUUCCUAUAGGAAAGCAUUGUGAUUGUCUGAGAUAAUCACUUCUGAUGAUGUCAGCCAAGGAGGCAGAUCAGGCACCAACAGACUGGAAUAAAGGUAAGAUUUCACUAUAUUUAGGCAGGUCAAGGGGGCUAGAUAGUGAUUUUAACACUAUAAGGUCAGCCAUACAUGUUUGUGUUUCUGAGCUUGUAGUGUUGCUUUUAUGAUUAUACUUCCCCCAUUGUCACUUGUCUAUAUAUGUAUUAUGUUUUCUUCCUUGCACCAGAUGACAGUUCCUUGGUGCCUCCAUUUUGUUUUCCUCUGUCCAUGAUGUCUGCAGUUUGCCCUUCUGUGGGGGAUUCUGUUUACUGAUGGAUUGUGGGUAGAUUAGCUUAGCAACUGAAAUAGAACCUUUGCAUAAGCCCCGCCCAUUGCAAAAAAAUUCUUCAUAAGGAAACUUAGUUCAUGCAUAACUUUAAAAAGAAGGUGAAUUACAAAACAGUCACUGUCCUUCAUUAUAAGGGAUAUAGAGCAAAGUGGAUUGACCCACUGGCACCCUUGAAUUAGGGACUACGGCCUCGGGGGACUACAGUGCCAAUAAAGCAGAAUUGGACAUGGCAUCUUCAGCCCCUCUGACAUUCAGCUGUAUGACAUAACGGAGGAUACCAUGCAGGCUCCUCAAAAUCUGUCUUAUUCCAAAGGAGAAAUGACCAAAACAAACACCCUCAUAAUUCGUUAUAUAAAGAGUUUGAGCUAUUCCUUUAUUACAUAAGUAUACACUGUGAUUUUAAGCGUACUCCCUUUUCUAUGUGGCAUUAUUAUUUUACACAGAAGGGUUAUAUUAGGGGAACCAUAACUUUAUUUAUGUUAGUUGCCUCUUUUUUGCACCAUAUUUUUCUUGUUUGUUUGGUUUCUUUAUAUUAUUGAAAAGCAAUGUGUUGGUGAAAUUCCGUAAAUCAAAGCGCCAUAAAGCGAGAUAUUAAUGCAUUGCUCUAAGUGCUGUGGACUAUUAGGUUAUGGUAAGAGUGGGAGAGUGCUGUAGCAGGUUACUUUCUUAAAGGAACACUCCAAGCAUCAUCAUCACUACAGCAUAGUCACCAAUGUAAGUAGUCAAAACGGUGACAGAAAAUAACUAUGCAUGCUCAGUUCAGGUUAGAUGCAUUCUAAGUGUGAAAUAAAACCCUGUGAAGGUCAAUAUGCCAUCCAUAUUAGUAUAAUGUAAGUGUAAAACCUCCCUCGUACUCCUACCUACUAUGCCAAUGGUAGGGGCAUGUCUAUUAAACAUCAAGCAGCCAGUUGCUUCUCUCUAUUCUAAACACUAGUAACUGGGCAGAGGAUGUGCUACUCAUUGGGCAGAGUUUAGUGAGGACACAUUUUAGUGGGAGGAUAUAUGCUAGUUGGAUAACAGCAAGUUGCUGGGUGACACACAUGGUUGCUAGGAAGGAGGAAAGCUCUGGCCAGUCCUGAUUUUGUACACCCCAGCAGAUUUGUACAUUGGGAAUGUCAGCUCAGGAGUGUCUGUGCUAGUGGAAGCUAUUCCUUUUAAUUGCCAAAGGAACAGUUCCUCUAAAAUGGGUUGGAUCCGGAAGCAGACAAGUUGUGCUGGUAAGGGACUCUAUUAUGAAGAACGUAAACAAGUUAAUUUGUUGACCAUAACCAUAACUGGUGAUCAGUUUGCAGUGUUUCUGGUGCUCGGGUUCGGCAUGCUAUUAUCUGAUUGGAUAGAUUGCUAGGAGGGGCUACAGAUUACCCAGCUCUCAUGGCCGCUAUUGGUACCUGUGACAAAGAGGAAGACUUCCAUUCAUCUAUCUUCAAUUAAAAAAACCACCUACACUCACAGCUAACCUAUAAUUGUAUUGUACUGUAUAUGACUAUUACAUUACUCUCUCCCUCCUACCUCUUACCAGCAAAGAGCGUGCGCAAGCGCUCUAAGCCACUGAAACAUUCCAAUCAAAUACUUCUUUAUGAAAAGCAUUUGAUUUGACCACAGAGAUGAAAGGAGUGCCAUCAGGAUAGGCAUGGAAGAUCCUUGCUAGGUGUGGGAUUCCAUAUAAGCUUUAAGCUAUGUUUGUCAUCUUUAUUGUUAACGAACAAGUGCUGGAGCUAACCUAUUAAAUAGUGCCUACAGGGCUGGCUACCCUGUCCUACCCCCUCCUCCAAAACCCAAUAUUAAAUGGAUUAGAAGGCUUAGAAUCCUACUCCCAACUCUCAUACUGUAACAUACCAUGACAUAACGUGAGCACACGCAGUGAUGUCACGUUCGCCAUACAGAAUCAUUGAGUACAAUGUUUAUGGAGGAAUCAUAAGCGCAUUUUGGAGAGCGCUGUGAUUAGCCCGUCAUCCUGGAUGCUCGCCUUCAGCAUGACGUUACCUGAGGACAAGUUUGUGGUAGUGCUAUGGGAGACUCGGCGCUGAAGAAAAGGUGAGUAAUUUGUUAAUUUUUUUGUUUCUUGUUUAAAAAAAUAAUAAUUUUUUAAACAGUUGGUAGGGACCUAAUUGGCAUAGGGGUACAGGACUGUAGCUUUAAGAAUACAGGUAUGUAUUCCUAAAGCAACAGUGUUCCUUUAACCUGUUACAAAAUGCAAAUUUAUAUAACAUUUUUAUAUACUGACCUCUUGAUAACAUCUUGGGUAAAUAAUAUUACACGGGUAUUUCCUUAUAACAAACUUUGAAUUACAGCCUAGAUUUAGCAGUGCCUAUUAAUUAUGUCUACUGGUAUUUGUCCCUGGCACUUAAUAAAUAUUUUUAUCUUGCAGAUGAUGUGCAUAAAACCCCAGGGGAAGCUUUGUCGCUCAAUAUGGAAAGGUUUGAUCCUAGGGACUCUCCUCACCAGUUUUUUGAUCCUGUUGUAUUCAUACACUAUGCCACCAUUAACCCUCAGCAGCACAGGGUGAGUCCCCUUUGAUCAAUACAAGAUAAUACUAUAAUGCAUGCAAUUAUGUUUUCUGCUCAACUAUGUGCAUGGUACACUUAAUAAUCUUUACAGGAUGUCUUCUCACUGGAUGGAAGGAAAUAUUUUGUGCUAGUGUGAGGCUGUCUCCUGGAUUAACAAAUAUGUGUAUGCAAACAGACAAAGUUACAUGAGUCACACACUCAAACAAUAGCUAUCAGACAUUCUUUUUACCACCGUGUUAUUCAUAUUGAAGCAGUUUGAUUUUUAAUCUAUGGUAUAUUAAGAUGGUCAGAUAUGUUCUAAAUGGAAAGUUUUCUGAGAUUGUCAUUGUCUUUAAUUUGUCACAAAAUAUUUAAAUUCACUUGAGUUUUCCAUGAUUGCAUUAAAAUAAUACAUAGCCAGUGUACAAAAAAUCUAGAACAAAACUUCCCAAUAGAGCAGAAGCUCCCUAAUUGGAUAUCCUUAAAUAUGGCAAUCCAGUAUAUGGGUAGCAAAUUAGAAAGCUAUCUGCCAAACAGCUGGAAGGUCAAAACUAAGUAAAGCCGCUUUUCUUGCCAUAUUUAAAGUGUUACUCCAACCAUCAUAACCACUAUACCCUGCUGUAAUGGGUAUGAUGGUAGGAGUACCCUGACUGUUCCCUAGUAAUGGGACAAACUGUUUUACAAUGUUUUGCCCUUUUACCUGGGUUUAUCCAAGUACAGAAGGUCCUCUCCUGCUCACUUUGAUGACAUCUGGCUGCUGCAGCUCAUUGGCUCAGAGUGUCAGCUGAUUACUCUCAGCCAAUGAAUAACAUUAUUUACUAAACAACUCCCUAAAUUGAUAUUCUUAAAUAUGGCAAUCACAUAUAAGGAUAGCAAAUUAGGGAGCUAUCUGUUUAACAGCUGAUAUAUCCAAAUUAGAAAGGGGCUAUUCUUAAUUUGUCUGGUUCAGCUUUGAGAUACCAAAUUAGGGAGCUAUCUACGUAGCAUGCACACAUUCACAUGCACACAUACAUACAUAUUCUGACAUACAGGAACAAGAAACACGAUUUGUAUGUAUUUACUUUCAAGAGAUCUACUUAGCCUCCCUACCUUUCUCUGGGAGGGUUAAGUGGAUCCUCUUCCUUCGGUCAAGUGGGUCCCCUGGUAUCACUGUGGUCUUCCUGCAGAGCACCCAUCUGUGCUUUUUUAGCAAUUGGAAGGGGGAGCAGCUGGUAUCACUACAGUGCACAUAAAGCAAAUGUGCAGGAAAAGCACAAUGAAUAGGCACCUGCCGUGCUGGUAGGCAGUGAAGGGCUUUCAAAAAAUAUGUAGGGCUUUUGGCUCCAUUAUGCCCAUUAUUUUAUCAUGUAGUGAAGACAUUGUAGUCCAGGCACUCAGGGUCUUUUUCAAACAGCAGUUUUAUUGUAGAAUCUCAGCAAACACCGCAAAAUUUUGAUCCACACUCAGAUGUCAAGCUAACACCAUAGUGUACAACCCCUCACAGUGGCGUCUCUAGGAUUAAUUUUUAGGGGGGGCACAUGGUGGGCCAGGGAAAAAAGUAGGGGGGCACAUUUAACCCCGCCCUUGCCGCAGUUUGACCCCGCCCCUGCCGCUUGUUAAGCCUCGCCCCCGGGACAAUGUGUUGUUGUUUUUUUUUAACCCCUUCUGACCGGAGGACGUACAAUUACGCCCUAUUUUAGGCGGCUCUAAACGCCGCCGGGCGUAAUUGUACGCCCUCCAGUUUUUGUUAACUUACCCGGUCGCCGGCGGUCCCACGCCUGCGAUCACGGUGGGGGGGACUCCCAGGGAGCCCCCCCGCGGCAGAUCCUUCUCCUCCGGUGCUCCCCGGCCAUGUGAGAGUGGGGUCUUAGCGAGGACCUCACAAUCACAUGGCCGGGUAGGCUGCCUCCUGCAUUGCCAGCAGGGGGGCUGCCUGUAAUGACAGGUGGUCCCCCUGCUGGCUGAAAAUAAAAUGAAAAUUAAAUUUAUUAGUGUAAAAAAAAAAUAUAUAUACACAUAUACAUACACACACGUACACCAUCUAGGUGUAUUUUACUAUUAAUAUAUAUAUAUUAAUAUCAAAUUACACGUAGACUGAUACUGAUUAAAUAUAUAUAUAAUUAUUGUUAUAUAUAUAUUUAUAUAUAAUAUAAAAAAAUUUAAUAUGUAAAUACGUUAAAAAAUAAAAUUAAAAAAAUAAUUAAAAAGAAAUAAUUAAAAAAUAUAUAGAUGUGUGUUAUUUCGUUCUAACUGUAUUGUGAAUAUAUAUAUAUAUAUAUAUAUAUAUCAAAAUACAUGUAGAACGAAAUAAUAUAUAUAUCUAUAUACAUAAAUAUAUACGUAUAUAUCACUAUAUAUAUAGCUAUAUAUAAAUAAAAAUAUUUUUUAAAAAUUAUAUAGAUAUAUACAUAUAUAUAUAUAUAUAUAUAUAUACACAUACGUAUAUAUAUAUACAUAUAUUAAUUCUACAUAUAUAUUUAUGUAAUAUUUUUACAUAAUUAGGUAUCUUAAUUAAUUACAAUUAGCAGGACCUGCCUGACAACCCAUGCCGAAAGUAAAGGGAAUUUAAUUUGCUAGCACUAUAUUUAACCCUAUAACUUUCCAAGACACCAUAAAACCUGUACAUGGGGGGUACUGUUCUACUCGGGAGACUUCGCUGAACACAAAUAUUAGUGUUUCAAAACAGUAAAAUGUAUUACAACGAUGAUAUCGCCAGUAAAAGUGAAGUUUUUUGCAUUUUUCACGCACAAACAGCACUUACACGGACGAUAUUAUUGCUGUGAUACUUUUUACUGUUUUGAAACACAAAUAUUUGUGUUCAGCGAAGUCUCCCGAGUACAACAGUACCCCUCAUGUACAGGUUUUAUGGUGUUUUCAAAAGUUACAGCAUCAAAUAUAAGGCUUGCGUUUCAUUUUUUUCACAUUAAAAUUCGCCAGAUUGGUUAGGUUGCCUUUGAGACCCUAUGGUAGCCCAAGAUUGAAAAUUACCCCUAUGAUGGCAUACCAUUUGCAAUAGUAGACAACCCAAGGUAUUGCAAACGGGGUAUGUCCAGUCUUUUUUAGUAGCCACUUAGUCACAAACACUGGCCAAAAUUGGUGUUUUUUGCAUUUUUCACACACAAACAAAUACUAAUGCUAACUUUGGCCAGUGUUUGUGACCAAAUGGCUACUAAAAAAGACUGGACAUACCCCAUUUGCAAUACCUUGGGUUGUCUACUAUUGCAAAUGGUAUGCUAUUAUGGGUGUAAAUUUCAUUCCUGGGCUACUAUACAGUCUCAAAGGCAACGUAACCAAUCUGGCGAAUUUCAAUUUCAAAUGUAAUGUGCUAUAUUUGACCCUGUAACUUCCCAAAACGCCAUAAAACCUGUACAUAGGGGGUACUGUCUUACAUGUGAGACUUUGCUGAAUACAAAUAUGUGUAUUUUAUUGCAGUAAAAGCAAACAGUAUUAUGACAUUGACCGUUAAAAUGUCAUGUAGAACUAAAAAAAUAAAAAAUAAAUCGUAUUUUCUCCCAUUUUUUUCAUAUUAAAUGUAUGUUUCAUAGCUAAAUAUUUGAUAUUAAAUGAAAGCCCUGUUUCCCCUGAAUAAAAUGAUAUAUAAUAAGGGUGGGUGCAUUUACUAUGAAAGAGGUGAAUUACGGUUGGACAGACAUGUAGCGCAAAUGCCAGGUUUUGUUUACAUUUUUUUGGUUCACAACGUGUACAUUUGGCUCCGUCCUUAAGGGGUUAAUAAUCCCUGGUUGUGGAUUCAUUAUUUUCCACCAGGGAUUAUUAAAAAAACAAACACAUUUCCCUUGAUACAGUGCCAUAGUUGCCAACAUUUGAAAAAAAAAAUUCCAAGGACAUUUUGCAGCACAGCUAUCAAUUACUGUCUGGGUAUAAUAUCCCGGACAGUCAGUGCUCUCUGUAUAAUACAGGGUUGAGUGUAUAAUAAAUUGGGACAGUCAGUGCUCCCUGUAUAGUGUUGCUCUCUGUAUAAUACAUGGCUGUGUGUAUAAUAUCCCGGGACAGUCAGUGCUCCCUGUAUAGUGCUGCUCUCUGUAUAAUACAGGUCUGUUUGUGUAUAAUAUCCAAAGACAGAGAGCAGCACUAUACAGGGAACACUGACUGUCCCAGGAUAUUAUACAGACACAGACCUGUAUUAUACAAAGAGCAGCACUAUACAGGAAGCACUGACUAUCCCUGGAUAUUAUACACACACAGAUCUGUAUUAUACAGAGAACAGCACUAUAGUAUUAUACAGAUAGCUGAGCAUAUACCCCAUGUCCCAAUCUCUAGACUACUAGUACCUGUCAACAGCAGCUCCCAGACACGUGUAACAGGGCUUAAGUGUGCGGCAGCUCACACAGAUGAUUCAGCAGUAUAGCGCACUCGGCAAACUGGGAAUCCAAAGCAGCCCAGGAAAAAAAUGUAUGCCAUUUCUACAAGUCAAAAUAUAUAGUGAGCCUUGUGUUUUAUACAAGUGAGUUUUUCUGUAGUAAGCUUGUGUGUGUCAGAGAGUUUUGUCUGUCAGUGAGCCUAUUUGUGCAUGUCAGUGAGCUUGUGUACAGUACAGUAAGCACACAAGAUCACUGACAUGCACAAAUAGGCUCACUGACAGACAAAACUCUCUGACACACACAAGCUUACUACAGAAAAACUCACUUGUAUAAACACAAGGCUCACUACAAAGAAGUUCAGGGACACACCCAAGCUCACUAAAGACAAGCUCACUGACACACACAUGCUCACUAAAUAGAAGCUUACUAACACACAUAAGCAGUACCAUCUUAACAGUGUUAAGGGCACCCAGGCAAAGCAGUGUACUGGGGCCCUUCCUACACAACAACUCACAGGAAUAACAUUUUUAAUUAUUGAUAGACUGCUGAGUACAUACACACAGUACACCAAAUACACACACACACACACACACAGAUUCCUGAAUGCACACAGGUGUUGCUGAAUGCACACAGACUGAUUUAUACACGUACACACAGACUAGAGGGGAGGGGAGUAUUAUUUAUUUGUGUAUAUUUCAACUUUAUUACCCCCUCCCUGGUGCCAGGGAGGGGGGGAGAUCGCAUUCCCUGGUGGCAUGGUGGAGGGAGCCAGCCGCAGUACAUUGAAGAGGGGGCCAAGCAGCACACACAGACUGCUGAAUCCAUACAAACACACACACACACACAGACUGCUGUGUCCAUACACACAGACACACACACUGUAUAUAUAUGUGUAUAUAUGUGUGUGUAUAUAUGUGUGUGUGUGUGUGUGUGUGUGUGUGUGUGUGUAUAUAUAUAUGUGUGUGUGUGUGUGUGUGUAUAUAUAUAUGUGUGUGUGUGUGUAUAUGUGAUUAGUAAGCAUUUAAAAUCCAAUAUAGUAAUGUUGGAGCAUAUGACAUACAUCCUACAUGUACAAGUAUUUUUUUCUCAGAUGGAAAGUUUCAGAUAUUAAUGUGUGAUGAGAACCCCUGAGUUGCAGCUAAUAAAAUGUUUAAUGCUCCCUUUCUUUUAGGAAUCCUGUCUUCGAUUGUUUUUCUUCUUCUAUUCAGGAAUCCUCAAACCCAGCAAAAAACUCCAGCUCAUUUUUUACGCAAAGCUGUCGUCCUCGGCAGAAUCUCAUGUUCCUAAAAACCCAUAAGACUGGAAGCAGCACCAUCCUAAAUAUUUUGUUUCGGUAUGGACAGAAACAUCACCUCCGAUUUGCCUUUCCACGUGGUCGCAAUGAUUUUGAGUAUCCAAGCUACUUUCAGCGUUCACAAGUAGAAGGUUACCGUCCUGAUAUCUGCUACAACAUUAUCUGUAACCACAUGCGUUACCAGCAUUCAGAAGUAAGACCUCUUCUCCCUCAAGAUGCUGUGUUUGUCACUGUUCUCCGUGACCCUGCACUUCUCUUCGAAUCAUCUUUUCAGUACUUUGCCAGAGUGGUACCGCUAACAUGGACAAUUCCAGGCUCAGGGAGUAAGCAAAAGAUGGACACAUUUCUCCAGAGCCCAUUGAGCUAUUAUGACUCAAGUGGUUAUAAUGCCCAUUAUCUUCACAACUUGCUGAUGUUUGACCUGGGUUAUGACAAUGAAUUAGAUGCCAAAAACCCCAAAGUGAAACUGAUCUUAAAGGAACUGGAUGAACGUUUUCACUUAGUAAUGUUGAUGGAGUAUUUUGAUGAGUCUUUGCUACUUUUAAAAGACCUGCUGUGUUGGGAGCUGGAAGAUAUAUUUUAUUUUAAGCUUAAUGCUCGCAAGAACACAUAUGGCUCCAGGCUGGGUCCUGAGAUGCAUCUGAUGGCACAGAACUGGAACGCUCUAGAUACUCUCAUUUACAACCACUUUAACUCCACAUUUUGGAAGAAGGUGGAGGAGUAUGGGGUCGAGAGGAUGAAACAAGAUGUGUUACAUCUGCAGAGGAAAAAUGAGUUACUGAUACAAGAAUGUAUUGCAGGAGGGGGUCCAGUAGAUGCCAAUAAAAUUAAAGAAUCUGGGCUCCAGCCUUGGCAGCCAAUAGGUGAAAAUGUGAUUCUUGGUUAUAACCUGAAAAAGAACAUUUCAAAACAGCACAGGCAAUUGUGCAGGAAUAUGUUAACUCCCGAAAUACAGUACAUGAGUCAACUGGGAGCGGACCUGUGGUUAACACAACUCUGGGCCAGCAUCAGGGCAUUUUUCAAAUGGUGACCUUAUGAAAGGUGGUUAUGGUUUACAAAGAAUAUUGGACUGACUUGUGCAAGUAGUAAAAUAUUGAAUAAGGUAUUAGAAUUGGAUGAUUGCCUCGGUAUCUAAAAUAGCUGUUAUAGCAGAGGUGGAGAAAAAAGUAAUGAGAAGGGGAAAAGAAAGAUUAUAGAACCAAUAAAAAAAAUACUGACUGUGAAGUAAAAACUGACUUUUUAAAAAUAAUUUACAAACCGUAUUUAAGAAAGAGUUUUGCAGUCCAUGUUAACCAAUUCUCUUAACAGUAUGCAACAGGGUCUCUUUUUACGUGAAAGGAUUUUUUCCUGAAGCUAUGCUUUUCCCUAUAUAUUGACACAUCUUCCUUCAAUCUCUAAGGACAUCUGGAUUAAUGUAAAGCACUUCUUUAUUUUAUAUUUACUUAUUAUUUACAAGUCUCCCUGAACAUAGUUGGCAAUAUUUUACAAACAUCUUAGAACAGCUUUGUCAUAACCCUGUAUUUAUUUUACACUUUCUCCUCUAUAUUAAACUUAAACUCUCCCAGCGUUAAUUCUAUUUUAGCCUCUGUCUGUGCUUUUUUAGCAGUUCUAUCUCCAACCAGAUCUCUUUUCAAAUAGCCCUCAUCUUCAAUGUUGUAGGUGUGCACUGUAAUUCCCACACAUGCCUAUUCAGGUGGCCUCAGACCAUUAGGUAAAUGGCAAAAGAAUUACAUGUGAGCAAAGAUUUUGGACAAAAAGUAGGCUACAUGAGAUUUGAAGUGGGGUGAGAAUUAUAAAGAAAAAAAACACUUGACAAUGAAAGCAGUGCUUGAACUCAGCUCCGCCCAUUAUUAGGUUUUGUCAGGUGAUGGGCUAUAUAAAGGCAAAUAAGAAACCUCAAAGAAAAAGAAAAACAUAAUAUGAAAGAGUGAAGCAUAUUGGUGUGCAUGUAAGAUGAUAGUCAAUAUAAAGAUUCCAAGCACCAUAACCAGUUAUAGAUCAGAAGUGCCCUGCUCCCACCUAUCUUCAUCCCAUUGUAAGAAGUCAAACUGUUUUUGAAUAGUCUGACUUCUUACCCGAGGUCCCCCAAGCACUUCUCGCAGCCUUCUCUGGAGAGACAAAGUCCUAAGCAGGAACGUCUGUUAGCUCACACUUAUUAAGCAUUGCCGUGAAGGGCUUAAAGCAUUAACUGGUUGCUUUCAGCCAGCGAGCUAACGGAAGCUCCUGUUUAGGAGCUUCCAGCCCUCCAGCAUUAGUAGUGGAGGUUAAGAGUGAUACCUGGUGAAUCUCAAGCAGACGUCAAGACAUUCAAAAAGGGUUUGAUUUCUUACAGUGCGUUGGGUUACCAAGGCAAUCCGGGAUCUGUAACCACUACAGUGAGCUACAGUAGCUAUGGUGCUUGCAAUGUUAUGUGAAGUAACUGCACAAUCAUCUCAUGUAUGUUUGAGGCCAGAAUGAGAUCUCUAUGCAAGUGUGAUAUUGCUUAUCAUAACAUUACAUGGGGAUGCGAAUAAUUAAUCUAAUGCACGAGAUGCCCCUUCAACAAACAUUUUACCCACCACAUUUUUCCUUCUACUUAAAGAUAAGAAGUGAUGGCGGUUUUAGUUACCAUUGACUGUAAGCUUGCAGUCACGGUCGUCUGUUUCUUUUCAACCAGUAUGAACAGAGGACCAUGUAGGGAUGUGGAUUUCCUAUAGUCUGACGCCCAGGACAUGUCGUUAGGUACAUCGGGCAGGCAGUUUAUUUUUCAAGCAACAGGACUACUAGAGAGGAGAGUGUCAGGGCAGGGAGCAUGUGGUCUGCACCUCUAGCAGGUGCCGGAGGGGUAGACCACAUAAUCCCCCACAGUGCCAGCGCUUCCAGUUCACCUAUUAGGCAGACAGAGUAUAGCCGUGACACUGGACUACCAUUGGGAUUUAACUCCAAUUGCACCGCCAUUGAGCUUUAACCCACACUGGACCAGCAUGGAGUUUUAACCCCCACUCAUAACCCCCAUCCCUGACAGGUAAACAGAAGGGGGUAAAAAUAGAGAGCACCAUUACACACAAUAUAGAGUCAUCAUAUGCACAUUAUAUAUACAUUACACAAACAGCGCACAUACACUGAACAUAGCUAACACAUCCACACACAUUAUACACAGCCAGACCUCCUGCUUGUGACGGGACAAUUAUAAUUUGUGUUUUGUCCAACUUUAGUUCCCUGUUGUCUUACAUGUGGAGACACUAAGGAACUGUCCCUUUGCAGUACAGACUGAUCCCAUCAUUAGAUGCUUUUGCAUUAUGAAGUGGAUACUAGGACCAUGCUGGGAGCACUUCACCAGUGUUCAACGCAUGGUAAUCGAGGCUGAGGGCUGGCCAGGCCUCUUACUGGGUAAACAACCCCUUAUAGGCAUUGCUAGUGAUACAGUUGGCAUCACUGGCAAUGCCCCCUUAGGGCCUAGACAACCCUGUCCCGAUUGCCCUGUCCAAAUUAUUGAGAGGUAUGCAAACAGCUAGGUCACACAGACAUAACACACACAACCAGUACACACCACAGACAAAUGCUACACAUAGCCAGCACAAACAACAAACAUUACACAGUAAGAGAGUUAACAUCGGACUAUGGGGGAGAACAGAGCAUGGAGUUGGGAGGGGGUCAGAGGAUGAGACACUAUACUCAGGGUUGUAGGCAAGGGCCCUAAUCAUUCUAACUGAAUUUGUAAGUAUGGGCAAAUAGAUUGGUCUACAGCUUUUAUCCCUUAGACAAGUAGAUUUUUCUAAAAAAUUGCUAAACCCCUGAUAUUGUAUGCCUGUAUUCCCCGAGUGGUGCAGUAUAUGUUACCACUAUAUGAAUACUAUAC